AAGGAGAGGGAGCAGCUGCGUGCCUGGUGUUCACCUCUCGGCUUUGCAGCUGCUUCUUUUCGCAGUUUUGUGCGAUCCUUUGCCGACUGCUGCUCUGGGUCCUGAGUAUACAUAUUUCCUUCUUCCCAAGCCCUUCCCACCCCCUUUCCCUCGCGUACUGGAUCUAUAUCUGUGAAAGUCUCUGUUUUCCACACCAAAGACACUGUUGAGAGCGGACUUCCAAAAGAUCACAGUGAGGAAAGUGCUCUGCUACGUAUGAAACGCUGAUCCAGAAUCAGGUCAUCGACGAAUGAUUUAGCACCAGGUUCCCCACGAACGUGCAGUGUGCUACGAGUUUCGACUUUCACUACACGUUGAAAGUUAGCCUUUGACAACACGAGGCCACCUGAAAAGAUGAGAAGGACCAAGCUGCUUUCAAAUGACAGUCAAAAGAGCCCUGAAGACUAAUGCAGAGAAUUAACAAGAACCUAGUUUUGGGCCUUCUUACUUUGACAAGCUCAGUCUUUCUCCUAUUCCAGUUGUACUAUUACAAAUAUUAUUUAUCUCCAAAGAAUGGAGCUGUUUUUCCGAAGAUUAAAGGGAGCAAGACAGGACAAGACAGUAGCCGAUGGCAUGUGGUUAGAACAUUUCUUGGUUUGAUGUCCAGUCACAAUAUACCUGUGUAUCUUAUUGAUCCGUUGCUUCUGAGAUUGAUUAAUGUGGACUUGGAGCAGCUCAGGAUCUCCCCUGAUGGCCGCAACUCAGAAUGCAAGUACUUCUGUGCUCCACGGGACUUCACCACUUUUGCACUGUUGGACAGAACCUGGAAACCUGAGCUGGGCUUAUUCCGAGCUGCUGAGCUGGUGGGAUUCCAGUGGCUAAAGAUUCAGAGCAGAGACCCACGUCUUGAAGGGAUGGAAGACUUGUCUGGGACUGAGAUUCCCCUGCACUAUAUCUUCAGACUGGCUGCCCAUGCCAUCCAUCUUGUGGUCUUUUAUGAGAGGAGCGGCCACUACAUUUGGCAUGGACCGCUGCGGUUGAAACGGCACGUGGACAGGAAGUUUGUGCCUUUCCAGAAGCUACAGUUUGGCCGCUACUCUGGAGCCUAUAACAAGCUAGAACUACUGAGUAUUUCCAUUGACGGAAUAACAGUCCAAAUUCCAAAAGAGCCAUCUCAGUUCCUAGAAGAAAUGCCUCUUUCUAGGUUUAUUGAAUGUAGGUACAGAGAAGCUCGGUCUUUCUUUCAGCUGUACCCUGAUGAUGCAUCUCUCGACGCUGUAGAAUUCAGGGGGAAAGCCAAGGCACUGCUGCAUCUUGCUGCUUUGACACUAAACAGUUUAGGAGUGAGAUUCUGGCUGAGCAGCGGAACUUGCCUGGGUUGGUACAGACAGUGCAAUAUUAUUCCUUACAGCAAAGAUGUGGACUUGGGGAUUUUUAUUCAAGACUACAAGACAGAUAUUAUCCCAGCAUUUCAGAAGGCAGGGUUACCACUAAAGCACAAGUUUGGCAAGGUGGAAGACAGCUUGGAGCUCUCCUUUCAGGGAGAAGAUGAUGUGAAACUUGAUAUUUUUUUCUUCUAUGAAGAGGACAACCAUGUGUGGAAUGGAGGAACUCAGGCCAAAUCGGGCAAGAAAUUCAAGUACCUGUUUUCCAAAUUCACACUUUGUUGGACCGAGUUCAUAGAACUCAGGGUACGAGUACCAUGUGAAACCCUCCAGUACAUUGAAGCCAACUAUGGAAAAGACUGGAAGAUACCUGUGAAGGCAUGGGACUGGAAGACCUCGCCACCCAAUGUACAGCCCAAUGGGAUCUGGCCCAUUGAUGAAUGGGAAGAAGUCAUUCAACUCUACUGACCUAUCUAUAAGACACAAACACCUAGGACAGGGAUGUCAAACUCCCAGAUCGCAGGCCAGAUCUGGCCCAUGGAGCUCCACUGUCCGGCCCCCAAGCCAUAUCCCCUGUCUUCCCUCUCACCAGCCCUGCUGCUGCAGCCUCCGAGCAGGGGCCAGAAAGCCAAUCACCAUCACGGCUGAGAAGCAGCCAUCAUCCAGCCCCUGUCUUUCCCCUGCUGAGCAGGGGCCAGGAAGUCACGGCCAAGAAGAGGCCAUAAUCUAUCUCUUGCCUUUCCUCUGCCAGCCGCCCCAUCCCCUGUCUUUCCCCCAACAGCCCAUUGCCACCCCACCACAGGGGGAAGACAGGCUGGAUGAUGGCUGCUAGAGGUGUGUACAAACAGAGGUACACGUAGGUAAUUUUGGAGCCUGAACCUAAAGGCCUUUGGUGGGCCCCCGCUGCAAGUUAAGCAUCAUUUUUAACACAUAGGUUCUUGAGGGCACAAACCACACCACCCCGGACAGACUAAAGGCAGUUUGGGGGCCCCCAGGGGGUGUGGAGGCCCUAGACCUUGACCCCGAAGUCCAGGGGUAAGAGUACAUCUGUGUACAAAACACAUUUUAUGUUCUGUUCUGAGUUUGGAACAGAACCCAAACCACCAGGCAGAAAAGUUCUGUCAGAACAACUGGCUGAGCUGCUUGCUGCAAUAGAACUCCAUUCUGACCCAGAAUGUUUCGUCAUUCCAGGUGGUCGGUGGGGGGCCUGAAGGUGAGAGGAACCUAGGGAGGGAAGGGGGUGGGCGGGUGAGUGAGUAGGUGGGUGAAUGAGUAAGUGAAGGGGUGAGAGAGUUUGUAUCCCCUGUCUUCCCCCUUGCCAACCUUGCUGCUGCCACUGCUGAGCAGGAGCCAGGAAGCCAUAGCCAAGAAGCAGCCAUUAGAGCUGUGCAGAACAUUCAGAGGGUGGAACACUCUGACUUGGAAUAGGCUGUUCCGCGUCCAGAAUAGAAUGCCCUUUAAAUAAAAGGCAUGUUCCAGGCUCAGAACAACCCUAUUCUGACCUGGAACAUUCUGUUGUUUCAGGGGCCAGUGGGGGCCUGAGGACAGUGCAGGAGGGGGCCCGAGAGGUACCUUUAAAAGUUGCUACUAGCUGUAGUACAAGAAGUGGCCUACCUCCCAAUUGAGUUUGACACCCCUGGCCGAGAAUGUAUUUGGGACUGCUGUUUCACCUGCCCCUCACUCAGAAGCGGUUUUUAGUCUUGAGAUGCUUUCUUCAUUUUGCUAAGAAGUUCCUAUAAAGGAUGUAUUAACUGUUGUGUUGGGGCAUUUUGUUGUCAGUAUAACACAAAAAUUGGUGUGUUUCAAAUUUUCAUACCAAGGACAAUUUUCUAAAGCUGAGGACAGAGGCACAUGAAAGAAAAACUAUACAAAAGAACCAACGAAGGGGAAAUGUUACACUAGGCAGCCAUUUUGAAACUCUGUUGUUGAGACAGCUCGCCAAAGUCAAGAAUAAUCUCCACCUAUCCAUAAGCCUAAGCAAAAAUGAAGGGUACUUUGCCAAGUACUGCUCAUAAGGAUAUGCACGAACGGGUUUGUGCACUCCUGGGAGGUGGGGGGUGGGUUACCUUUUUAAGGAGCAGGGAGGGUGCCCAUGCCCCCCCCCGGCACUCUUGCAAAAACACUGGCACGGGGCUGCUGCAUACUUACUUGCAGCCCCGGUCAGCUGGGAAUGGUACAACCUUUUAAAAGGAAGUUAAGACACAUUUGUUCACCCAAACUUUUAAUUGGACUCCGAGUUUUUACCAUUGUGUUAAAUUUUAAAUCUUAAAUUAUUUUAAUAUUUUGAUUUUGUUUAAAUGUGUACUGUUUAAUUGUAAACCGCCCAGAGACAGGUUUUGGGCAGUAUAUAAAUAUGUUAAAUAAAAUUUAAAAAAUAA